AGUGGGCGAGAGGAGUUGAAGUCAGUCUUAUCUUCUUGCUUUUAAUUUCUCCUGCUGUUUUGGUUUUGGGGGGUCAAUAAGCCCUUUACUAAUCUUCUCUGUUAGAUCUUUUUAUUGUGUAUUUUUCACGAUAAUUUGAGGAAUUAAACUCUGGAAUUUAGUUUCCAGAUCAUAAACUGCGUUUUUCUCUAUUAAUCCUUACACUGUUUACUUUUUGUUGGUCGGUUUCUUUUUUUACGAUUUUUAGUGCACCAUCUGUAAUUUUAUCUUCCUGUAUCAUAUUUGUGAUUUUUUUGCAUCAUUCCAAAAUGUUUUUCCAGUAAUAUUGUUCUGUUUUUUAAUCGUUAGUGUUAUCGAUCUCAGAAGAGAUAUUGUCUUCGAUUUUCUUUUCCUGAAAUAUUAGGUACUUAUUACUUUUCAUUGAAAUCUCUGGUGGUUAGUGAACACUGUUUUAUUAACCCUUCAAUUUAAAUCAUUUUGUAAAAUUCCCCCCUAUUUUUAGCCAUUCUUGUGUGGCUUUGUUUUGUGGAAGUCUUCAUAUCCCUAUUAAUCUCGAAAAAUGGAGAUGUCAAUGGUUGGUUGUUCUCAAAUGAAUGCCGAGAGGGUAGAUCUAGGGUUUCAGAGGCUUCCUUGUUGUGGUCAUGAGAGGAUCUGCAACAAACGGGAUCAAAUAAAGGUUAAUCUCAGGAGUAAAUGGAGAAGGGGAGCAAUUAGGGUUUCUUUGAAGGAGAUUACACCUGAAAAAUGUAUUGUCCGUGAAGGUUGCUUGAAAAUGUCGCAUGACAAAACAAAUCGGCUUCCAUUAUUUGUCGGCCUCCCCCUGGACACCAUAUCAGCAUGUAACGCCCUAAACCAUGCCAAGGCAAUAGCAGCGGGAUUAAGACCUCUAAAACUUCUUGGUGUAGAAGGCGUUAGUUUUCCAAUUUGGUGGGGAAUUGUAGAGGGAGAAACAGCAGGAAGUUAUGACUGGUCGUCUCAUUUGGAAGUGGCUGAAAUGGUGAGAGAAGCCGGGUUGAAGCUCAAUGUCGCGUUCAAUUUCCACGGAUCAACAGCAAGGGGAAUCACUCUACCAAAGUGGGUUUUGAAGGUUGGUGAAGAAAACCCAGAUAUAUUUUUCACGGACAGGGGAGGGAAGAGGUUCAGAGAUUGCUUGUCUUUGGGGACUGAUGAGCUUGCUUUGCUUUCUGGGAAGUCCCCAUUGCAAGCAUAUGGGGAUUUUAUGGAAAGCUUCAAAUCUGAAUUUUCAAAUUUCUUGGGCUCCACAAUCACGGAAUUAACAAUUGGUCUCGGCCCAAAUGGCGAACUCCGCUACCCAUCUUUACCUGAAAACCCUAAUUCCACUGGUGUUGGAGAAUUCCAAUGCUAUGACAAGCACAUGCUCGCCAACCUCCAACAACACGCUCGAACUCUAGGGCACCAUCAGUGGGGCUAUUCUGGACCCCAUGAUGCCCCACCUUAUGACAGCUCGCCUGAUUCCAGCAACUUUUUCCGGCAAUACAAUGGGUCCUGGGAGACUCCCUAUGGUAACUUCUUCCUCUCUUGGUACUCUAAUUGCCUCAUAUCUCAUGGAAAUCGGAUGCUCUCAAAAGCUGCUGGAAUCUUCAGAAACUUGCCGGGAAAUUCUUUUCCAGUGCGAAUUUCGGGUAAGAUCCCUACCGUUCACCAAUGGUGCAAUACUAGAUCUCAUGCAGCUGAGCUUACUAGCGGGUUUUAUGAGACAAGUGAAAGAGAUGGUUACAGUGAUGUUAUGAAAAUGUUUGCUGAGAAUUCAGCUGGAGUAGUUUUACCUAGCAUGGAUUUAUCAGACUCCAUUGUUAAGAGGGUAAAGGAGGCUUGUGAUGCACAUGGGGUAUCGGUUUCCGGUGAGAAUUCACAACUAAAGGGGAAUUCUGGUGGGUUUGCUAAGAUUAAGAAGAAUUUGGAGAUGGGCUUAGCAGGGUUUACAUAUAUGAGGAUGGGGGCCGAUUUCUUUUCUCCUGAGCAUUGGCCUUUGUUUACUGAUUUCAUAUGGCAUCUAGAGAUGCCAGAAAAAGAUUCAGAUGAUGUUGCAGUGGGAUCGAAGGGUGCACAAACUUUUGGUGGGGUCUCUGUAUCCCAUGAAUCAAAGGAGAAGACUCUUCAGUUGCAGGCAUGAGAUAUUGUCCCUCUUUAAGUAUUUUUUAGGAGAUGCUGUUGUAUACGAAGUUCAUCUCUUGGUGUAAAUAGUAUUAGGAGGAGAUUUGUCCUUGCUAUGUUAUAGUGUGAAAUAUGGGGAAGAUAUUUUUUUCUCCUUAGGUUAUAGCCUAACAAAAUUUUAUGUAUUAUAUUUAUUUAUUAGGAGUCAAGAGUCACGCUUUCAAGAUGUUUAAGUUCCAAGCCCAUGUGGGGUGGAAAUUGGGAUUUGAGGUAGAUUGUCCUCUUUAUCCCAAACAAAUCUAAUGGAUAUUGGUUUAUGUACAAUUUUUGCUGAA